GUCAAAUUAUACUUUUGGCCUUUAAAUUAACACCAACACGACAGAAGAUCAAAAAAAGGACCAUUUGUGGAAAGGUACCCUUAAAAAAAGGACUAUAAGGGUAAUAUUUGAUAAUAGAGGACUAAAUAUGGAAAUUCCUCUGUUAUAAAGGACUAAUUAUGGAAUUUAAUGCUAAAAGUAUAGAGUAUAUUUAAAAAAAGAAAAAAAAAACAAUACCUAAAACACCGCCGUGCGGCGCAAUAAAUGCAAAAAGGAGGGGAAGACUUGCCAUAAAAAGGGUUGUUGAAUUCACCAAAUUAGAGCGCGCCGAGAUCAAAUAAUGGGUGGGAAAAUGAAAAUGGAAAUCACGGCGGUUCCGGCACCGUUUCAGGGCCACCUCAACCCCAUGCUCCGAUUCUGUCAAUCUUUAUCCACUAAAGGCCUCAACGUCACCUUGCUCCUCACCCACGCCGUCGCCAAAUCACUGCGAUCCCCGCUUUCCGGCGUCACGGUGGAGUGCAUCUCCGACGGAUCCGACGGCGGCGGCGACCCGCUUCAGAGCUUCGAGGAAUACCUCGCCCGUCUGCGGCCCGCCUUUUCCGACGGCCUCGCGAGGGUCAUCACGAAAAAGAAGGACGUGGCCGGGGGCGGAAGAGGAGUGGUGGUGUACGACGCACUAUUGCCGUGGCUUUCGGAGGUCGGCCGGGCCGGCGAAAUGCCGGUCGCUGCGUUUUUCACCCAGUCGGCUUCGGUUUGCAGCAUCUAUUACCGGCAGCUCCAAGGGAUUGGCAGAGCUAAUUCUGGGGCGGCGGCGUAUUUGCCGGCGAUGGAUUCAGGCGAUCUGCCGUCGUUUUCCUACUUCGGGGAGAUUGCAGAGCAAAUUGAAGAGUUCACCGUGAAACAGGCCUCCAACUUGCCCACGGCAGACUGCCUUUUGUUCAACACUUUUUACGCCUUGGAGGAGGAGGUAUUGAAGAUGAUGGCAAACAAAUGGAAUGUGAAGACAAUUGGACCCUUGGUUCCUAAUAAAUGGAUGGUUGGGAAGCAAGAUACGAUAGACUUAUUCAAGGCAGACGAUGAAAGUCACUAUAUGAAAUGGUUAGACAAGAGAGAAUCACAUUCGGUUGUUUACAUAUCAUUUGGGAGCAUUUCUGUAUUUUCGGAAGAAGAAAUGGAAGAAAUAGCAAUGGGCUUGGUUCUCUCCAACAAAUAUUUCUUGUGGGUUGUUAGGGAGUCAGAAGAUGCCAAACUUUCUAAAGAUUUCAAAUUGAAGAUUUCAGAAAAAAGUGUCAUAGUGAAAUGGUGCUCUCAAGUUGAGGUUCUAUCACACCGUGCAAUUGCAUGUUUUGUUACACAUUGCGGUUGGAAUUCGACACUCGAAGCGCUCACUUUGGGUGUGCCAAUGGUGGGAAUUCCGCGAAACGGCGAUCAGAUAACCAAUGCAAAGUUUAUUGAGGACAUUUGGCGGGUUGGUAUUCGGAUUAAGGUUAAUGUCGAUGCAAAAAUAGUGUCAAGGCAUGUAAUUGCUAGCAGUAUUAAGCAAGCAACUGAAGGGGUGAAAGCUGAGGAAUUAUGGAAAAAUAUAAAAAAAAUUAAAAUAUUAGCGAAAGAGGCAGCAGGUGAAGGUGGGAGUGUUGAAGUUAAUAUCGAAGAUUUCAUUACUCAAAUGUCUUUCCUAUUGAGCACAAUUUCAAAUUCUUAUAAGUUGUAAUUUAAUUAGGCUCACUUUUCAAUUUGUGUAACAUAUUACGGAGUAUUAGAUUAUGAAGUCUUUUUUUAAAAACCAGUUAAGAAGUCUAAGUAAUAUUAAAUGUAGUAUAAUAAAAUUGGAUCUAAAAA